AUGGUACGCAAGGCUGCUAUUACACUAGCUGUCGCGUUGUCUGCUGUUCUUGCAGUAGCGGCAACUAUUGACAAGAGAAUCAAAUUCGGAGAAGCUGCCAAGCAAGGUGAAUUUCCAUCUAUUAUCCGUAUACAUUAUAAUACUACUAGUGUUUUGUGCGGAGGUAGUUUGUUGGACAACACUACAGUCCUUACUGCUGCUCAUUGCUGGUUUGAGGGCCUUAGGACCCAUCAUAGCGAAAUUGUCAGCGUGAGAGCAGGGAGCCUGAAUAAAAACACGGGAGGAGAAGUAGCCAAAGUUAAAUCCAUAAAAGUACACCCGGAAUACAAGCCUCACUGGAAUCGCAAUGAUAUUGCCAUCUUGAAAUUAUCAACUCCAAUUCAAGAGAGCGGAACAAUCAAAUAUGCGAACUUACCGGCGACUGUCUUAGAUCCUGUGGCUGCAUCCGUCGUAGUAGCCGCAGGUUGGAUGACUAGGGCUGCUUCCACCGUAGUGGCCGCAGGUUGGGGGAUGACCGAGAAUAAUAUACUACCUGAUAAACUUCUCAAGGUUGUCCUCUUUAUUCUAGAUCCUACGGCGUGUUUAGAGGACGGUGAAGAUGAUCCAGAGUAUACAAACUAUCUAGAUACAAAAGUGUGCGCUGGUUAUGCGGGCAAAGAUACAAGCGUAGGGGAUAGCGGCGGUCCUCUUUUUGACUAUAACACGACAGAAUUAAUCGGUGUCACGUCGUUUGGUGGUCUUAGCCCACUCGGCGGCUUUUAUACCAAGAUUAGCCGCUACAUGACGUGGAUUAACGAAAAUCUUGGGGACGUCAAGUCUUUACCGAGCGGCGUAGCGGGCUAG